AAAAAAAUAAAAAAAGACAAGACAAUUCUUUUUAUCUGUGUGGAGUGUGGAGUGUGGACUGUUAUCUAUCUAUGCAUUCCAAUUUCCAAGCAACCUAUGUAAUGUAAAGCAGAGGAUGAAAAUGGCUUCCUCUCUGUCAACUUCAUCUUUGUGAACAACACAACACACUUAUCUCUUCUUUCAACAACACCAUGCCUCAGCCUCACUCUCCCUCUUUCCUCUUCUGUCAAGAACAACACCACCAUCUCCUCUCUCUCCUCUCCAAAGAGAAACCAACGCAUUUCUCUCUCUCACCUCGCCACCACGCCCUACGCUUCAUUUCCACGCUCUCCAACUUCCACGCUUUCUCUCCUCUCACCACUGUUCUCGCCGUCAACUACUUUCACCGCUUCGCCGCCACCCUAACGCUUCACAUAGACAAGCCCUGGAUCACUCACCUCGCCGCACUCGCUUGCGUCUCCCUCGCCGCCAAACUCCACGAGACACACGUGCCGCUUCUUUUCCACCUUCAAAUGGAGGAAUCCGAGUUUGUGUUUGAAGCAAAGACUAUUCAGAGAAUGGAACUUGUAGUGCUGUCCACUCUCCAAUGGAGAAUGAACCCUGUUACCCCUGUUUCUUUCUUUCAACAUAUUCUAACCACCCUUCCUAUAAUAGACCAUCGCGAGUUCUUAUGUAGAUGCCAACGUGUUCUUCUCUCUGUCAUUGCAGAUUCUAGGGUUAUGAGCUAUCUUCCUUCUAUAUUGGCUGCUGCUAUAAUGAUGCACGUUAUUAAGGAGAUUGAACCGUUUAAUGCAACGGAGUACCGAAUUCAGAUUAUUGGAUUAUUAAAAAGUAGCGAGGAACAAGUGAAUGAGUGCUAUAAACUCGUUCUGAGACGGUUAGUUUGCUGUGAUGACAAUGGCAUUCACAAUCUUGGUCAGAGGUGCAAGCGUUUAUCUGAACCAUGUAGUCCAGCUGGGAUUAUUGAUGCAUCUUUCAGUUGUGAGUGUUCAAGUGACUCAUGGACAGUGGCAUCGGUUUCAGUGGAGCCAGUGUUUAAGAGGAGCAAAGUUCAGGAGUAGCAGAUGCGGUUGCCUUUAGUGAAUCGAGUGGCUAUUGAUGUUCCGAAUUCUCGUUGAUAACUUGUCUGUGUUACUUAUAACAUGGUAAGGGUGAUAUAGAUUUGUUUGGAAGCGCAUCAAGAUAUCUGGGAGUAUGUUAUGGAGGUGAACUACACUGUGUUCUUAGUUUUAAGAUUGCUGGCUGAACAUUUGUAAAUGAAUGUGACAGAGAGGAUUCAUUUCUUCACUUUGUUAAGUGUCCAGUGCAACUGUGCAAAGUUCUAUUAAGCAUGAUAUUUCCCAAUAAGCACAGUCAAGAUAUUUCUUUUGUUUCUUAGUUACCCUUCAAUCUCUUUCUGUUAGUACAACAGGAGCUAGUUAGCUACAUAUGGAGGUUAACUGAUAAGCAAAGAUGGAUGGAAUGUCUUUAGUGAUGCAUUAUAUAAAUAAAUGAAACUCUUGUGCGUGAUCAAACUAGACCCGAUAACAAGUCUUCUUUGUAUCCCUCCGCGAGACACUCAUGGUUUCAUGGCAGGAGGGGAACCAUAAUUUGAGUAUUUCCCAUAUAACAUACCGAAUUUUCAAGUCUAUUUAUGCUUUCAGUUAUCUCAAUCUGUUUAUAUGGAACCAUUUCCUUUGUCUGAAUUAGAUAUUAUGAUCUUUAUGGUC